AUCCACCCGCCUUGGCCUUCCAAAGUGCUAGGAUUACAGGCGUGAGUCACUGCUCCUGGCCUAGGUGUUCUUAUAAAUAACUGUAACAGCAAUGACAAUGCAGUUUAUUAGUCAUCAGUUUCCUGAUUAUCAUGACCCCACUAUAGAAGAUGCUUAUAAGACCCAGGUCAGGAUUGACAAUGAGCCAGCUUACUUGGACAUCUUGGACACUGCUGGCCAGGCAGAAUUCACAGCCAUGCGGGAGCAGUACAUGCGAGGUGGGGAAGGCUUCAUUAUCUGCUACUCCGUCACUGACCGUCAAUCAUUUCAGGAGGCUGCCAAGUUUAAAGAGCUCAUUUUUCAGGUCCGCCAUACCUAUGAAAUUCCCCUGGUGUUGGUGGGUAACAAAAUUGACCUGGAACAGUUCCGCCAGGUUUCUACAGAAGAAGGCUUGAAUCUGGCCCAAGAAUAUAAUUGUGGUUUUUUUGAGACCUCCGCAGCCCUCAGAUUCUGUAUCGAUGAUGCUUUUCAUGGCUUAGUGAGGGAAAUUCGCAAGAAGGAGUCCAUGCCAUCCUUGAUGGAAAAGAAACUGAAGAGAAAAGACAGCCUGUGGAAGAAGCUAAAAGGCUCUUUGAAGAAGAAGAGAGAAAAUAUGACAUGAUAUCCCUGAUUUUGAGUUCCUCACUCUCUCUGAAUUUUAUUAGUUGGACAAUUCCAUAUGUAGCAUUCUGCUUCAAUAUUCUGUGUGUGUGUCUCUCUCUCUUUAAAUAUCUGCCUGUAGGUAAAAGCAAGAUCUGCAUAACUGUACCUCUUGAGAUAGUUUUGUUUUGCCUUUAACAGUUGGAUGGAUUUUGUCAAUCAGCUGGAUAUGCUGUUUAGUUUUUACAAUAUAUUACUAAAUAAAAUUGACAUUCCAAUUGCCUCAUUUCCCUUUAAA